ACCAAAGAGAUCAGGGGACAGUUCUGGGAAUAUCAGAAGCAGCUGGAGAAAAGGAAGGAUGAAAAUGCCCAGAAGCUUCAUCCAAAUCUCGGACACCCUGCACAUGUCCAAGAAAUGGAGUCUCUAUGUCAGGGGGAAGAGGAAAGGCAGGAAGAUUUGGACACCGUGAUCACAACAGCCAGGGAGAAGCUGGAGGAGUUCACCAGGAAGUCCAGUCAGUUUUUCAUAGCCAGCCUGGCCACCUUCACCGAGAAGUUCCUGCUGCAGUUGGAUGAAGUGCUGACCAUCGACGAUGUCCAGGCUGCAAGUAAGUGGCACCAGUGGCCUUGUGCCCUGGCCCCAGGGGGUUGGUGAGGCACAGGGUGA